AUGUUUCUCGUCUUCCGGUAUUAUUCGACUACCAACCUCUGGACACUCUUGUUUCUCACUCUUUCCCCAGACAGUGAUCGUGCUGAAGUCCGCUUGCUGUUAAUAGCUCACCGAUAUAUCAAUGUGGACCUUACUGUUCAUCAUCGUCUCCAGACCCAUCUUGACGUUGCGGCGUAUGCAUUUGGAACUUCGAAAGGUGCCCCAGGAGAUGGAUCGAAGAAGCUCGAAAGGGAUCAGAAGUGA